UAGGUUGCCACCUCAGAAAUACAAACCUAUGAGUGAUAAACCAAAGGUACCCUUUUUCAUGGAUAAAGAACAUUUCUGGUGUACUAAGGACAGAAGUCAUCAUCAUUCCAAGGAAAAAUUCAAGGGACUGGGUUCGUCCUACCUCAGAAUUUUCACUGGGAGCUGAUUCAUCUAUGAACAGGAUGCAUGACAGAUACAAAGCUGGUGAUAAGCCCAAGUUAGAUCCUGAAGAGAUGCAUCAUGUUAAUUUUGGCGAUGAUAAGGAUGUGGAUGGCAUAAUGCCGAAGCUCCAACGUGCUGAUUACUACAUAGUACCUCUUAUGGAGGAGUUGAUAUCAAAGGAGAAGGAAGAAGCUGUUUUUUGUUGCCACGUGAAGGACUUUGUGGUAGGAAGACAUGGGUAUGGAAGCAUUAAGUUCUUGGGAGAAACAGAUGUCCGGAAGCUUAAUCUUGGUUUUGCUGUCAAUUUCAACUGUCGUAAGGUGAUAAUCUAUAUGAAUGAGAGCAAGAAACCUUCAGUUGCCAGUUGGACAAGGCCUCAACAAGCCAGCUGAGAUAACUCUUCUUAAUGUCGGAUGCAUCAACAAAUCGACUAGGAAGGAAUACAAAGAUGGACCA